GAAUAGUGGUAGAUUGUUCCUUAUUCCUUUAGUUGUUAAGUUAUAAUUCUAAUCUCCUCCAAAUCGUUCGACAAUAUAGUCCUGCUGGUGCACAAGUAAAUGCUUCUGGCUUUUAAGCUGAAGCAAGUUUUGGCUUGUUGCCCAUUUCACUUCAAAUGUUUAAGGACAUGAUAUGGCCUUGACUGGGGGAAUAUCUUUCAUUGAUUGAUCUUUGGGCUGGUCUCUAUUGCUUGUUUGCCUAGGACUUCAGAUGUUUGAACAGGGUUCUAGUUCAAUUAUAUAUACAUAUAUAUUCAUAGUUCCUGAUUUGGUGAAUUAUUUUCCGGUGACCAUCUUUGCCACUUUAAAGUUAAUGUCAUUUGAUACAUUUCUUACAUAUUAGCGACUUAUAUGCGAAAUGAAAUCUGGUACAUAUUUCUGACUGAAUGUUUAAACAUGGUAUAGCAGUUGAAAGAAGGCCACUAUUUUAGCAAUAAUAUUGCAUAGGUUUUCUUAUUUGGUUGAAGAAAUGGUUUUUUUUUUUUUGGUUUAUCUUUGUUCUCAGGUCAUUAUGAUUAUAAAAGGAUUGUUUGGAAGAUGUGAAAGGUGGAACCCAGUUCAUCCAACCUAUGGAACAUUUUGGGGGAUGGGUGUGGGCAUUGGCUGUGGUGUUGGGUGGGGUCCAGGAUUUGGCCCUGAAGUGGUGGGCUAUGUUGGAGCUGGCUGUGGUGUUGGAUUUAGUGUAGGUAUCACUCUGGCUGGCUUUGGUAUAGGUCUUCCUAUGAACUUCUGUCAAGCUCCUUAUCAAGCAAUUAUGGCAAGAAGAGGCUCUGCAUUGGAGUCAGCACAUUUCAAUGGUUUUCUUUCUGGAAAACAUGUUGCCGAGGAUAGCUGGAGUGGAAUUGUACGUGGUGUUUCUUACUUGCAAAGAGAAGCCACGGAGAAAUUGUCUAGCUUUAGGCAAAGGCAGUUAUUGAUCAAGGGAAAAGAUUGAUGGCUUCUGCAGCUGCCAAAUUUGUAGCCUUCAUUUCCCUUAGCUGCUGAGGAGGAAGUAACAUUGACAACCUUCAAUCUUUCAGAACGAGGCUUUGUACUAUAGAAUGUAUUUUGGUCUAGUUUUUUAGAGAAGCCGCGUGUCUUUUUCUUGUUCUUUAAUUGGUUCAUGUACAUAGAGUUUACUCAAAUCAUUUCUGUAUUUACCUAUUUUAUAAUGAUUAUUUCGUAUGAGUUACUUUCCUACUCAAA